AUGGCAGACAACGCAAAUAUAUCCCCAGACGGGGAGUCGCGGUCUCUGGCAAAUUCCAUUAACACUGCGAUCUUGUCGAGCCACACCAAGAUCAACAGGCUGAUCCUCGAUCGAAUGCCGCACGCCGUACCUCCCCAGGCCGACAACCCCUCCACCUACGUCAGCGGUCUGUUGCACAUCGGCGCCGUCUACAUCGCCUUCGAGUCCCUCUGGCAAAACAUCCUGGGCAUCCACACAGAGAUCGCCCCCAUCCCAUACACAUAUCCCUUCCACAAUAACAUCAGCACGAGCAGUCCAAAUCUCAGCCAUGAGGCAACACCGACCGAGGUCACAGAGCGCCUCCGGCAAGUACUCGAGACGGCAUAUUGGCCGAACAUGCUGCGCACCGCCCGUGUGAAGGCCGACAUCGCUGCCAUGACAGGUUGGCCAGCGCACGUGGUAGACGACCAGCUACGGUCAGCAGGGACUACUGGCGCGCUUGGCACAUUCCUUGUACACAUCAAGGAGGUCGUCGACGCAAGGCCGCAUCUGCUGCUCGCGUAUGCCUACAGCCUGUACCUCGCCCUGCUGUCUGGCGGAUCGUAUAUCCGCAUGGAGCUGAUGUACCUACGGGCCGAGUUCUGGCUGACCGUGCCAGAGCCUAUCAGGCCUGGCAUGGUGCCCUGCACAAGGGAGCUUGAGGGGUCUGGAGGAUCAAUGCGGCACUCGUCCUCUGAAUAUGAUUCAGGACAACAUGGGCUCGCCAUGGAAGACCCAUCAGUCACCUUGCCACUCUCAUUCUUCGACUUCGACACCCCGCUCGGCCACGAGAACCCCCGGCAGAAGGCCAAGGACCUCAAGGCCGAGUUCAAGCGGCGCUUCGCUGAUGCAGAGCAGGCGCUCACCGAGCCUGAGAGGCGCGAUGUCAUCGCUGAGUCGGUGGUCGUCUUUCAGCACCUAGAGGCGGUGGUGGGGCAGCUGGACGAGAUUUGCGGUGGCGGGGCCGGCAUCGCGCAGCAGGGACAAUCACGGCGCCAGGCUGCGAAAGCCGUCAGCCCUUCGUCGCAACAGCAACCGCAACCGGUAGGGAUCGGGUCCCGGUUAAGGGAUAGCAUUGAUAUCGCCAAGGCCAGGCUCUUGAGGACGAUGAGGAAGUCGGGCCGUGCGGAUGGCUCUGUUACCGCCACGGCGCUGUCGGCACCGGCCAGAGGGCAACCGACUACUACCAGGACCUUCACUGACGCCUACUCACCUGGACUAUCCGGUAGCUCUAAGAUGUCAUCCGUAUCGUCAAGUUGGGUGAGUGAGAGUAUCCAGGAAGAUGAUCCCAGCUCACGUCUAGCUCACGACGCGGUCGUGCCGGGAGAUGGCUUCCGGACGAUCCGGUACGACGAUGUCGACGAUGAUAGCAAGCUGGACGCCGAUGGCAAUGUGCCAAGACCCGGCACAGAAGCAUAUGACGGUACUGUCGAUGAUGACGGAAACAGUGUGGGUUUGAGGUCUCAGGUUUGUCCAGUAUUUCGGACCCCUGCUGUGCCAACUGAGAAGAGCGCUGGAACAUCCGCGGCAACGACCGAGAGAGCAAGGCGAAAGCCCGACUAUGCCCUGUCCACCGUUGUCUCAAAUGUCACUGUGUUACUCGGCAUCGCAAUUGCUUUCGCGGCAUAUCUGUACGUGCGGCGGCGCGAUGGUGGCACGACAACUGGCUUCGUGGGGAAGGACUGA